GCGGGCGCCGGCGGAGGGAGGAGGAGCAGCCGCAGCAGCGAGAGGACCGCAUCAGCUUCAGCAGCAAGAAGCAAUGCCGCACCGCGGAGCAGGAUUCUGGUUCCAGUCCCAGAGCAAACCCAGCGGAGCGGCUCUUACUCUCUUGCUGACAGCUUUUUUCUUACACCCUGCUGCUGGCGUAGAUGGAAUGAUUAAAGGGAAGACAAAGUACAUCAUCAAAUAUAUUAGCAGUAGCAUUAAGGCUACUGAGAAAAAUGUGUACACAAUUCUCUCUAAGGUGCACUCUGAACGAAAUGUUUAUCCUUCUGCUGGAGUUCUCUUUGUUCACGUUUUGGAGAGAGAAUAUUUUAAGGGAGAGUUUCCUCCUUAUUCAAAGCAUGGUGAGAUAAAUAAUGAUCCCAUAACAUUUAAUACAAACCUAAUGGGUUACCCUGAUAGACCUGGCUGGUUGCGCUACAUCCAAAGAACACCAUAUAGUGAUGGUGUGCUCUAUGGGUCACCAACUGUAGAAAACAUGGGCAAGCCAACUAUAAUUGAGAUUACUGCUUAUAACAGACGUACCUUUGAGACAGCAAGACAUAAUUUAAUUAUUAAUAUAAUGUCAGCAGAAGAUCUUCUUUUGCCAUAUCAAGCAGAAUUCUUUAUUAAAAACAUGAAUGUAGAGGAAAUGUUGGCCAGUGAGGUUCUUGGAGACUUCCUUGGAGCCGUGAAAAACGUAUGGCAGCCUGAGCGCCUGAAUGCCAUAAACAUCACAUCUGCUCUUGAUAGGGGAGGCAGAGUGCCCCUUCCUAUUAAUGACAUGAAAGAAGGUGUCUAUGUUAUGGUUGGUGCAGAUGUUACAUUCUCCUCCUGCUUACGGGAAGUAGAAAACCCACAAAAUCAACUGAGAUGCAGUCAAGAAAUGGAACCUAUAAUAACUUGUGAUAAAAAGUUUCGUACUCAGUUUCACAUAGACUGGUGUAAAAUUUCUUUGGUUGAUAAAACACAGCAAAUUUCUACUUAUCAAGAAGUGAUCCGUGGAGAAGGCAUAUUACCAGAUGGUGGUGAAUAUAAGCCACCUUCUAAGAAUCUGAAAAGCAGAGAUUAUUAUUCAGACUUCCUCAUUACUUUGGCAGUUCCCUCUGCAGUUGCCCUGGUGCUUUUUCUAAUACUUGCUUAUAUUAUGUGCUGCCGGCGGGAAGGAGUGGAAAAGAGAAACAUGCAAACACCAGAUAUUCAGCUGGUCCAUCACAGUGCAAUUCAGAAAUCCACAAAAGAACUUCGGGAGAUGGCAAAAAACAGAGAGAUAGCAUGGCCACUCUCAACACUUCCUGUUUUUCACCCAGUCACUGGUGAGAUUGUACCACCUGUUCACCCAGACAAUUAUGACAAUACUAGCAUGCCGCUGAUGCAAACACAACAGAACCUGCCUCAUCAGACUCAGAUUCCUCAGCAGCAAACAGAAGGUAAAUGGUAUCCCUGAGGAAAGAAAAUUUACAGAAGCAAUUAAUUUGUAAUUAAAUCAAACUCCAAUACAAGAUUUCAUUUCCUUAUUUGCUCUAUUGACACAUGAAUGUUUCUAAUGCAUGCCUAAGAGAAAAUUCUGAUGUCAAAUAUCAUUUCCAUAUUGUUACAUGUACUGUAUCUUUUUAUACUGGAUAUUUUCAACAAAUUUGUAAAAUACUAAUUUUCGUAUUAGUUAAUUAAAACAUUUAUACAGUACUCAGCUAUUAUUUCAACUAGAUAAUUGUUAAAGUAUUCUUCUUUUAUACUAUGUUAACGAUGUCCAGUAUUCAUGUUAAGGUUUUGUUUUGUUUGAAAACUAAAAGGUGAAGUUAAAGCAUGUUGCAUUUUAAUUUAAUGCAGUCAUUUUGCAGGACGUUUUUAACUAGCAUAAUUCUUUUUCUGCCAUGUUUCGUAUAUGGAAAUUGUUAAAUCAGAAAGUUACCAAUACUAGAUAUUGCUAAUUAAGAAUAUAUUCUAUUCUUAGCACUAAUCUUGAUUUCCUCUGUACUAUUAUUCCAUACUGUAUUUUUAGAAUGAAAAUGCAUUUAGCAUUAUUUUUCAUUACUCCAGCUACAUCUAGUUUUAAUAAAGUUUUUAAAUUGCAAUUUGCUAAAUAUUUCUAAUUCCUAAUGACCUCUCCCCAAGUGAAAAAAUAUUAGUCUUCAGUUGCAUAUUCUAAAUAAAUUGAACCAAUAUUCUGACUAUUGAACAAAUUUUGUCCAAUAAGAUACUGAUGGUGCUGCCCGAGCACCUAUUCUCUCAUCCACACAAAACAAUGAAGUCCCACUUUAAACCUUAUGACAUCUUACGAACUCUUUUUGCAUAAUGCACAGAACUUGCCUUACUGUCGUGUAGUUUCUUCAUCAAAUUUUAGAGAUAUUCUUUCAUAUUCAAUUGUUCCAAUUUCCAAAUAUUAACUGAAUAGGCAUCUAAUUGCUAAACAAAUUUGAUCUGCUGAGUAAAGGAUUCUGGAAUAGUUGAAUUAUUAUUCCAAAAAUUACUGGUGAAUGGUGAGAGAACUCUCUUGCAUUCCUUGAGAAUGCAGUGAUGAAAAAGUGUUGUUGAAAAUUUGCAAAUAGAAGGGAGACGCAAAUAAUAAAAUGAAGGAAAAUACCCCUGCUGAUUUACAAAAGAUGGAUCAAGAAAUGAAGAUCCACAACUGAUAUAUACACUGUUAUUUAUUUAAUUUAAUUAUUAAAUUUGUUUGCGACACAUCUCACUGCAAUAUGUUCUGGAUUUUUUAACAUUUUUACAAUGUUAAAAAAAUAAUACAAAAAACAUGAAUAUAAUAAAGCACUAUAAAAAUUCAAAUUAUCAACUAUAACUAAAAGAUGGAGGGAGUAGGAUGAGCAAAGGGCAUUGGUGGGGUCUGUUAAUCUAUCAAUCACAUCCCACAUGAUAGUCCUCCAUUGCAAUCCCCUGGGGAAACUGGCAGUCAGUUUUCAAGAUCUUGGCAUCCCAGAAUGCCUGAAGAUUCCUAUUCCUUUAACCAGGCAAUUGACCUCAACAUACUGACUUGGCAGCUAUUUUAGCCAUCAUCCUGUGACGAGUUUUACUACGGAUUAUUUUAUUGUUAACAACCACACAAAACUGACCAAUGGAGACAUCAUAAAAUUUGUGAUGAUAAAACUACUAUUCACUCUGUCUUAUGAUCUGGGCAAGUUGCCUGAAGAUUUGUUGAAGAAUGUGAAAAAUCCUUUAUUCUUUGUUAAAGAAGGGUUUAGAUUCUAAAACAGUUAUCAGUGGGUGAAAGCAGAGCUAUUUUUCCAAGUUGCUGUAGGAAUGUAGCUUAAUUACAUAAAACUUUUAAAUAGCCAUUUAAUUUUUCAACCAAAUUUAAGCAAAAAAGUUUUGCACAAUUUGUGUUUGUAUAACACUUUGCACAAUCACCAUUCUUACUCCUAUAGCUAUGAGAAAAAAAACAAAGGAUAAUUGAAACAUUGUAGCAAAACAGUUUUUUUUUCUCUACCUAAUUUUUCUACGAAGGGAUUGUAAUUCAAGGUCAUUUUCCUUUUCCACGAAUCUGAGACAGAAUUUUAAAUGAUCCACAGCAAAAUGACUAUUAGGUCCUAUUUUUUUACUGGAGCCUUUUAUGAAAGGAUCUAUUUUUAACAAUAUUUUUGCAAUAUUUUAUAUAAGAAUUGUACAAGUAAUAUUGUAGUGUUUUCAUGUAUUUUAUGUCAGAUGAUAAGCCAGAGAUGUUUAAAAGACUUCAGAAAGUUUUUUUUUUUAAAAAAGACACAUAUACACAUAACACUCUUUACUUAAUUGAUGCUCCUUUAGUACAAAAAUAAGCACACCACAUUUAUUUAAACCUUAAAUUACUUCAUAUUUUUCACAUAACUUUGAAAUAUAUUCUUUAAAAAAUAUAUAGCAAACAAGUGCAAUAUUUCAAACUUAAAAAAUAAUCUUUAACCAAACCUGUACAACAGAUAAAUAAAAUAUCUAUAUACUCAGAUUAUAACAACAAAACACUUCCAUCCUAACAAAAAUUCUCACUGAAUCUCAUUUGUACAUUCAACUCCUGACUUGCCAGCCUAUCCAUGUUAAACAAAACGGAAGGGAAAAAAUGCAAAUAAUUAAUGGUAAAACAGAACUUUUCACACCUUAUGAAAUAAAUGAACACAGGACUUAGACAAGAAGCUAAUGUAACAAACAUUUAACAAUUUGAAACCUAUUUUUCCCAUUAUUAUUUAGUGGGAUUUCCUCUUCUUUCCCAUUGUUUAGUAUAAUCUAUUACAAUGGGAAUUACAAGUUUCUAAUUCCAUACAUCAAAACACAUUAAUAAAUAAAAAGCCCUAUAAUUGUACAUAUGCAUAGAAAACAAUACUGUCUAUUCAUUCUUCAAGUGCUAAAACUGGAUGCAACAUGCAGACAUAUUAGGGACAUGUUGCAACUGAUAUCAAAGCUAAGUCCCCAAUUAACAUACCAUAAACAUACCUCCCAAGGUGUCACUUUA